AGUAGUUUCAUUGUGGCCCUGCAGAGCUAACGCCAUCACACACAGUGGCGACAACAAGGCGAGCUCCGAUUUGAUGGCCACAACAGCCGCAGCCUUUAUUGCACUUCUCUGAUUCCACCAGAACACCAAUGGAAUAAUAGUGCUCCGGAUUAUUAAGUACACUUUAAACGGCAGCAGCCUCUCUCUGAGGUCGGCUUGCCCUGACCUGUCAAUCAAAUCACAUCCACCAGAAUUUGUGUGAAGGGUCUCUGUUUUGGUGGUGAACAAAGCAAUGUGGAGAAAAUAAAGAUCCUGAUACGGAGAAAAACAGAGAUUAUAGAUAAUGGGCUGUGUGCAAUGCAAGGAUAAAGAAGCAACCAAACUCACAGACGACAGAGAAACAAGCAUCUCCCAUGGUGCGGGCUACCGCUAUGGGGCUGACCCCACGCCACAGCACUACCCCAGCUUUGGGGUCACGGCUAUCCCCAACUACAACAAUUUUCACACACCUGUUGGACAGGGGAUGACCGUUUUUGGUGGGGUCAGCACUUCCUCUAACACUGGAACCCUCAGGACCCGUGGUGGGACAGGAGUCACCCUCUUUGUGGCACUAUAUGACUACGAAGCACGGACAGAAGAUGACCUCAGUUUCAGAAAAGGAGAAAGGUUCCAGAUCAUCAACAGCACUGAAGGGGACUGGUGGGACGCUCGUUCGCUCACCACUGGUGGCAGUGGUUAUAUCCCCAGUAAUUACGUGGCUCCGGUGGAUUCCAUCCAGGCUGAGGAUUGGUAUUUUGGUAAACUGGGGCGAAAGGAGGCCGAGAGACAGUUGCUCUCCACUGGGAACCCACGGGGUACUUUCCUCAUCCGGGAGAGUGAAACCACAAAGGGUGCCUUUUCCUUGUCCAUACGGGACUGGGAUGAUGUGAAAGGCGACCAUGUCAAACAUUAUAAGAUCCGCAAGUUGGACAGUGGUGGCUACUACAUCACCACUAGGGCUCAGUUUGAUUCACUACAACAGCUGGUUCAGCACUAUUCAGACCGAGCCGCCGGUCUCUGUUGUCGCUUGGUGGUUCCCUGCCACAAAGGGAUGCCCCGCCUCACUGACCUGUCAGUCAAAACCAAAGAUGUGUGGGAGAUCCCGCGGGAGUCACUGCAGCUGAUAAAGCGUCUUGGGAAUGGGCAGUUUGGGGAAGUCUGGAUGGAGUGUGCGGAUGGUUUGAGCUUUAAAUUAACUGGCAUGUGUGUGAACUACAUCCCUGACACUGUGGGCUUGAGUCAUGAUGCCUGGGAGAUCAGAAGAGAAGCCCUUGAAUUGAAGUUAAAGCUGGGCAAAGGAUGUUUUGCUGAGGUUUUUUACGGAACAUGGAACGGCACCACAAAGGUAGCUGUGAAGACUCUGAAACCUGGAACCAUGUCUCCUGAGUCCUUCCUGGAGGAAGCUCAGAUCAUGAAGAAACUCCGCCACGACAAGCUGGUCCAGUUGUACGCUGUCGUGUCUGAGGAGCCUAUUUAUAUCGUCACAGAGUACAUGGGCAAAGGAAGUCUACUGGACUUUUUGAAGGACGGAGAAGGGCGAGGGUUGAAGCUGCCCAAUCUUGUGGAUAUGGCUGCCCAGGUGGCAGCAGGUAUGGCUUACAUAGAGAGGAUGAAUUACAUCCACCGAGACUUACGCUCUGCCAACAUUCUGGUGGGAGACAACAUGGUGUGUAAGAUCGCCGACUUUGGCCUCGCCAGACUCAUCGAAGACAACGAAUACACCGCACGGCAAGGUGCAAAGUUCCCCAUCAAGUGGACCGCCCCGGAGGCCGCGCUGUACGGCAAGUUCACCAUCAAGUCGGACGUGUGGUCGUUUGGCAUUUUGCUGACAGAGCUGGUCACCAAGGGUCGAGUGCCUUACCCGGGCAUGAACAACCGUGAGGUGCUGGAACAGGUGGAUCGAGGCUACAGGAUGCCAUGCCCCCAGGACUGCCCCAUCUCCCUGCAUGAGCUCAUGCUGCAAUGCUGGAAGAAAGACGCAGAGGAGCGACCCACCUUCGAGUACCUGCAGGCCUUCUUGGAGGACUACUUCACAGCCACCGAGCCUCAGUACCAGCCCGGAGACAACCUCUAAACAUUCUUCCUCCCUGCCUCUAGGUUGGAGCUGGAUGCAAAGAAAACACAAACUGGAAUCUUCCUGGACUUGUCACUAUUUUAUUUUGGGGGACAAAGCAUCCUUCCGCUCAACUCAUUUCAUUUCCUACACCCCCUCUAGUGUAUGAAGUCUGCUAUGCCAUAAGAGGUGAGUUUGGAGGCAGGGGUUGGAUGCGAUACUUGUAUUCAGUGUAAAUAUUUUUUUAAAAGGGUUGUUUUAGUUUGUAUGUCUGCUUCAAUUCAAGAUAUAUUUUUCAUCUGCCAAAAGUGAAGGUGAAGAACCAUUUCAUCUGUCUGUGUAUAAUUCCUACAGAUUACGUUGAAACCCAAUCCUCCGCCACAUCUGAUUAUGUCUUCCAUCUCCUGAGGUUUUAUUUUGCUUUCCCCAGAUUGCUUGCUGUCUUAUAGAUACUGCUGUCUGUCUGGAAUCACAUCAUACAUUUUUUUCUUUUUUAAACUGACCAUGUACAGAUUGUCAACAUAUCCCUCCCCCCUAACAUUUUCCCAAAUUGUGAUCAGGUGGAAAAUAAGGGUGUCCCGAUACCACGACAAAUUGUCUGGAGGUGUGAUUGCGAUUUCUGUGCUCUGCGAUUUGUUGGCAACAAAUUCUUCGUGUCCCCCCCCCCCCCCCCCCGCCUACUGCCCCAAGUCAGUCAGUUCAGAAAUUCAAUCCAUGUGUCAUUCCUGCUGAUAUUAUCUCGGAUCAAUAUCGAUAUCGUAUCAGAAGUGAAACCGUAUCGGGACACCCCUAGUGGAAAAGUCAUCGUUACACAAUUAGCAUCCAUUUUUAAUUUCCUCAAAUAGGGAACUAUGGUUGCCAGGUCCAUCAGACGAUUUGAGCAAAUAAAAGCCUCUGCGCAAACAGAUGCCUCUUUUUUUUUUUUUAACCGUAUUUCCUCAAAUAUUCUAGUUGCCUCCAGUUUACGUCACCAGAUGUAAGGGGCACUUAAAGGAAUUAACACCUCUCACUGAUUAAAUCUCUCUCCCGAAAAUAACUCAACUAUUAUAGACACUUGAAAGAACACUUAUUGAAAUAUAUGCCUAUCCCCCCCCCUGUAGAUGCUUUAUCCUUUCACAGAGAUUUGUACAAAUAAGGGCGUCUCAAAUAUGUAAACAAUUGGUGUCCUUUGCAGUUUGGUACAUUAAAAAAAAGCCUGAGCCACUUUUGGAGGAAAUCUUGUACUUUAAGAAGACGGUAUGCAAGAUGUGGUCUGUCAUUGCAGGAUUUUUUUCUAUUUGUUUACAGUGGGUGGCAACACAGUUGUACAGCAAACUGAUUAAUUAUGCUUCUUAUGCCAUUUUUUUUAACAUCAAAAUGUUUUGUUAAUUAAGUGAUAUGUCUUUUUUCAGGGUCAAAAGGACAAUAAACUAACAGUUUCUAA